GGGUAGAGGGAGAGAGAGCAGAGGGAGGAAGACAGAAAGGCACACCUUGAGGAAGUUGAUUAAACAAAAGAAAGAGAAAAGAAUACACAUCAUAUUGAAGGAUGCAAUGUUUUCUGAUUAUCUGGAUGGUCUCUGCACUGUUGGUACCCAUCUCCCUGCAGACAGAGUGGACCAAGUAUUAUAACAGCAGAAUGUGUCCACUUUGCCCUGCAGGUGAGUUUCAGAAGUCUUGCAACGAGUGCGCGCCCUGUCCUGCAGGAAGCUACACUACUGAUCGGAACCGAGAAGGUAGCUGCCAUCUCUGCUACAGAGACUGCAAACCAGAUUAUCACCUGAAGGUGGUUCAGAGCUGCACCAGCACAUCAGAUGUAAAGUGUGUCUGCGAGGCCGGUUACAGAUGCAGUGAAUUGGUCCCCUACUCGACAAACUGCCGCUACUGUGUCAGGAACAAGGAAACAACAUCAACUGAAGCAGCAGCCAUUAUCCCAGGCAGAGAUAAACACACGCCUUCCCCAGCUUCCUCAGGACAUAGCAGCACUACUGCCAAAUCCUGCAGAUUUCCCAAGUGUGGCUCAACGUCAGCCCCAAACCCAGGAAAUGGAACACAUCUCAAAACAGACAAGACAAAUGGUUAUCUGGCGGCCAUCUUGUGUCCACUUGUUGUGAUUGGAUUCUUGGGCCUUGUGAUCCUGCUCUUUAUCCGUUGCCAUCGAGAUGAAUCUUGUUUCAAACAAGCUAUGUCAAAGCUCUGCAAUGAGGGAGGUAGAGUCCCUUCUCACAAGCCAAAGGAGCCAACUCAUCAGCCUCCUAGAGACUCAUUCAGUGCAAAGCAGCAGCCAGCACUGCUUCCAGCAGCCAAUCUCGGGCCAGUCCAUGUCCACAACCCAGGGACGGUCAUCUUCAGCUUGCUCAAUCAGUUUACUGGCCAAGUUGGUCCGACAAUUGAAGGUGUGAAGACAAGUGAGAGAAGGUGCAGCAAGGAAGAGGACGGGAGAGACUGUCCUGUUUUUCAACCAACAUCCUCUCCCAGUAUUCAUCUCUCUGAGGAAGAGAGGAGUGUAGAGAUUGACAGCAUGUUCUUCCCCUCCCAGGAGCAGGGAAAAGACUGCCAUGUGUCCAAAGAGGAAGUUCUAUGAUGUAUAAAAAAUAGAUUUUGUAGUAGUUGUUUUGUCUGCUGGCUUACAGACUGAUCGUAGUACUUGUGAAAGAAGAAACUGAAUUUACACAGAAGUGUGUGUAAUUAAUCUGGUAAACCAUGAACCACAGUUUUACAGAGACGUUUCUGUCUAAAGGUUUUGGUAAAACUGGUCUGUACACAUAAGAUACUUUGACUCUCGGAAGAACUGCUGGAUGGUGCUUUCCUUUGUGAGCUAUAAUUUAAAAUGUAAUGUAAAUAGUUUUAAUAAGCUCAGCUCUCCCUUAUGUACUUAAUUUUUUAUGUGUCGCAUGAACUUGAUUUUGAUUGCAAUAAAAUCUUAUUUUC